AUGCCGGCGUAUCAGUUCGACAGCGAGGGGCUGUCGAGCAGAAGCUUGGAUCUCCUUAGUACCGCAGGGGCUACGGUGAAGAUGUCAGGGCAUCAGGCUAUUCUGGGGGGAGACUGGAAUAUGGCGCCUGAGCUGCUCUUGGAGUCUGGUUUUCCUGAGAAGCUGGAAGGGUCCUUGAUCAAACCAUCGGGCUCGGGGACCUGCAGAUCGUUGGGAGGUCUGAAUUUCUUGGACUGUUUUGUUUGCACUGGCGGCAUAGCGAAGGGCAUCCAGGAGGCGAGCAUCGUGCAUGUGGCGCACCUGUCACCGCACAAGCCCGCCCACCUGCAGUUGCACCCGCGGCUGUCUCAGUUAUGCGCGCUCACCUUUCGCAAGCCUCCGCCCAUUCCGAAGGAGAGGCCGGCUGGGGUUGGUCGUGCGCCCCCCGAGUGGAGCGAGGCGCAGAACGCUGCCGAGGGGUGCCUGGGGACGGCGCUCACCGGUAAUCGAUCGGAGGCCCAAAGUAUGUUGGACUGGGCCUACGGCCUCUGGGCCGACCUGGCUGAGCAGGAGCUUCGUGACCUGACUCAAGAAACGCUGCCCUUCUACGGUGCCCGCAGUAAGCACCCCAAGCUGUUCGCGGGCAAGUGGGUCUCUCAUCGGUUCCAGGACUUGAUGAUCGAGUUUCGGGAGGGAGCUCCUGAGGUUCAGAAGACCCUUGAGGCUAUCCUGGACCCACCGUCGUUCGCGCUGGUCAAGGGGCGUGAUGAAUGGAACCAGUAUCUGGACACCAUCCAAGCUUUAGCGCGAGCGCUGCCGUCACCAGAGGGGCGGCCCCCAUGCUCGCACUGGAACCAGGCUGUGUGGCUGAAGGCUGCGCAGGACGUGCUCUCACUUGCGCAGAAGUAUGUUGUCAAGCUUCAAGGCGAAGCUCGUCGUGACGGUGAGGCAGUGGACGGGUUUCACAUGCGGCAUUACUCGUGGCUCUCCGACGCCAGCUUGCAGGUGGUCCGCCUCUUUUUCGCGAUCUUCGAAUCGCUCUCCAGCCUGCCGCGCCAGCUCCAGAUUAUCCAGGGGUGUUUCCUGGCUCAGUUUAUGGACGACUCGGGUCUGGACUCCACGGGGAAAGCUCAGGGUGUGCUUUUCGGCAUCAAGGAAGGUUCGAGGCAACUGGAGCACGCGCUGGUCCACGAGUGCGGCUGCUCGAUCUCGCUCUCCAAGGCUGGCCAGGGCAACCUUGUCUGCUCGGACGGAUCGGUGGCCAGGGAGCUGCAGCUUUUCCUCGGUGACCGCACGGUGCCCCUGUGCGAUAGCGUCGUGGAUUUGGGCAUUGACUUUACGGCAGGUCGGUCCAGAAGGAAAGCGUGUAUCAAGAAGGCCCUCAGAGAGUCCAAGUUCAAGAUUCGCAUGGCCAAUCUGAAGGCUAAAACGCGCAAGGUCAGGGGCAUGAAAAAGCAUAUCACCUCCCAUGCCAAGAAGAUCUGGGUCUCGGGGCCGCUUCCUGGGGUCCUGUAUGGUUCCGAGUGCCACGGGAUUUCGGACGGGGAGCUCCACCGCGUUCGGCAGCAGGCCGGUUCCGUGAUGGGGCCGAGUUGCAAGGGGAGAUCUCUCACAAGCUUGCUGGUCAUGGAAGACGAGCCCACAUGGCUCGCGGCGGUUGCGCCUAUUGUUAGACAUUCCAAGGAGCUCUGGUGUGCCCAUGCAGGUGCACACCGCUGGUGUUUCAGUUUCGCGGAGCUCCGAGAGGCCUGGUGCGUUUUCUUCCAGAAGAAGCCGCCUUCGGCGUGGCGCGAGGUCACGGGUCCCUUCUCGGCCAUGUACAUGUGCCUGCGUAGAAUCCAGUGGAAGUUCAUAGAUUGGGUCACGCUGGAAAACGAUUUCGGGGAGAAGCUGGUCUUGACGGAG